AUGAUUGAAGCCCGUGUUGAAAUCGCAGCGUCUCCUUCAAAGGUGCGAGAGAUUUUUCUCGAUUUCUCUAAAUAUUCAAAAUGGCACACCAGUUUUGUCACUUCCAUCGAACCUGUGAAUAAUGCUCAGUCCUCGCAUUCCCGUCAGCCUGGGGAUGAGCUUAACUGUGAUAUCUUCGACACAAAGUUUAAUGCAGUCAUCAAGAGCUACUUGAAUAAAAUACAAACUAACCACAUUGAACAGGAGAACUCAGAAACAUCAUUCCAAUGGCAAGGUCCUCGGAUGUUUGGUAUUGCGGGUCUUCACGGCUUUUAUAUCGAACCAGCCAACAACGGGAUAUCGACAAGUUUCAUGCAAACAGAGACGUUCUCAGGUCCUCUUGGCUUUUUGAUGUCUCCUUACUUGUUCGGCCGCAUGUUGAUUGAGGAAUUCAAAGGGUUUAACCAGGAUCUCAAAGUUCGCGCUGAGACUUGA